AUGGCCAAGAGGGCAAAAGUUGGAUGGCCAAGAGGCCAGAAGUUGGAUGGCCAAGAGGGCAAAAGUUGGAUGGCCAAGAGGCCAAAAGUUGGAUGGCCAAGAGGCCAAAAGUUGGAUGGCCAAAAGGCCAGAAGUUGGAUGGCCAAGAGUGCAAAAGUUGGAUGGCCAAGAGGCCAAAAGUUGGAUGGCCAAGAGGGUAAAAGUUGGAUGGCCAAGAGGGCAAAAGUUGGAUGGCCAAGAGGCCAAAAGUUGGAUGGCCAAGAGGGCAAAAGUUGGAUGGCCAAAAGGCCAAAAGUUGGAUGGCGAAGAGGGCAAAAGUUGGAUGGCCAAGAGGCCAGAAGUUGGAUGGCCAAGAGGGCAAAAGUUGGAUGGCCAAGUGGCCAAAAGUUGGAUGGCCAAGAGGGCAAAAGUUGGAUGGCCAAGAGGCCAGAAGUUGGAUGGCCAAGAGGGCAAAAGUUGGAUGGCCAAGAGGCCAAAAGUUGGAUGGCCAAGAGGCCAAAAGUUGGAUGGCCAAAAGGCCAAAAGUUGGAUGGCCAAGAGGGCAAAAGUUGGAUGGCCAAGAGGCCAGAAGUUGGAUGGCCAAGAGGGCAAAAGUUGGAUGGCCAAGAGGCCAAAAGUUGGAUGGCCAAGAGGGCAAAAGUUGGAUGGCCAAAAGGCCAAAAAAUGGAUGGCGAAGAGGGCAAAAGUUGGAUGGCCAAGAGGCCAGAAGUUGGAUGGCCAAGAGCUAUCAUGCCAGAAAUAACUUGGUAG